UCAACGACAACGACGGGAAGUCUGUGACGUACUGGUCUCCGGAAGAGCAAAUGCAACUGGUGAGAUGCAAGCGGGAGCAAGAGAUGCACCUCGCCGGUCCGGGUCACAAUUAUGGGCGGAUGCGGACCAAGGAGUGGAAGUGGGAUGACAUUGCGAAGCGCAUGGCGAAUGCGGGGAGGCCUAAAGACGUGGACGACUGCAUGAAGAAGUGGGACAAUCUCUUCCAAAACUACAAGAAGAUACAGAGGUUUCAGAAUGAGAGUGGCCGGCCAGAUUUCUUUGGGCUAUCGAAUGAAGAAAGGAAGGAACACAAUUUCAAGUUCCGGAUGGAGAGGGCGCUGUACAACCAGAUCCACGCAGGCAUGCUGGGCAACCACACAAUUUUUCCUCCCAACAUCGCCGACACCGGACGUUCGGACGGGGUGCAACUGCCCAGGCGAGGAGCGGGUGCUGGGGAGUCUGUUGGUAGUGAGGCCGCUGGUGAGGGCUUCCCUGAAGAACGUUCUUCUACGAGGGACUCCGACAACAACGUAGCCAGCGGGGCUGGAGGCGGGAAGCGGAAGAAUGCGCGUCAACAGGCAUUGGAGUCGAUUGCUGAUGUCAUGGACCGCCAUGGCGAACUGAUGUCGACGACGAUCGAAUCGUCUAGCAAGCGGCAAUGCAGCAUAUUCACGAGGCAAUGCGACAUACUUGAGCAGGAAGUUGCAGUCCAGAAAGCGCACUACGCAGCGUCCGAUGAGAAGCAGAGGAUGAUGUGCCACGCGCUUAUGGAGAUCGCUGCUGCCAUCCGUGGUCGGUCGACGAGUAGGGCGCACGGUAGGUCGCCACGAAGCAUGUCUACGAGGGGGAACACCCGUGGGAAGAAGCGCGAUGUAGUCCCUGACGACAACCAAGGGCACGGAAGAGGUCGGCGGCAUGCCCCGAAAGCGAAGAGGGUGCUUUCAGAAGAUGCGUCAGCAAGGGUGCCUCGUCGUGGAGCGCAAGGUUGGGCGGCAACAACGAAAGGGGACUACGACGAAGAGUUCACGACGGAGGAGGAACAGGCAGAGGCGACCAGGUCUGCAGUACGGGAGAGCGGUCGACAUCGCUCUUUUAAUCACAGCGCUUCGAAGAGGAUGCUGAGCCCUCCACCCGAGGCGCAGCAACUUUGUGCCCGCGAAACACGGACAGAGAAGGCUGCCGUCGUCGAUCUUGGCGGCGAGGAUGGCGAGCCCUUGGAUAGACGUCGCAUGCGCACUCGUACAACGGCGACCCCACCGCUGGCGGUGAUGGCACGUGCUGCUGUAAACGAAAGGCCAGUCUCGGGUAGGCUGCCCGCCACGCCGUCUCAGCCACGUCAGCGCAAUGAGGGUGGUGACGGAGUGUCCGUCCAACGCGGCGGCGGGGGCCGUACGCCGUCGGGUACCGCACAUCGCCCGCACGCAGUUGGGGCCGAAGUGGCAAGUGCUGCGGGGGCGGGUGGUUUAGGCACUGUGGCCCCUGUUGCGAUGGCGAGAGAGGAGGCAGCAGUUGUGGCGACGACGAGAAAGGAGGCGCGUGGCGAGAAGAAAGGCGAUCGGGAGGGCGGCGAGCCCGGUUCAAGCCGGGUACGUAGGGGAGUGAUGACAAAAAACCUCAUCGAUCGUGCCGUCCUUUGGGUCGAUGACAAAGCUUUCUGGAUGACGGGGGAGGGGCGAAGACUGUACAACAUCGUCCACGAUACGAGAGAGUACUUCGUCACCAUCGCCAGCGGACUUCCACCGCCUGCCGUCCCUCGGAGCGUUGUACUGCCCAAAUCCAACACACACGUAGGCAGGAUCGUCGACCAAUCACAGCUGCAGCAAACGAUCUCCCGUGCGGUGGCAGUGGAGAACGUUGCUCUGCGCAUCUCGCACGGUUGGGUAUUCAAGUCUGGGAACCGCCCAAGGGGAUACCAUGUGGCUUUCCAGUACUCACUGGAAUCCUUUGCCACGGACAUUGCGCGUGCUAUGUGGUACGACGAGGAGUGGUGCGACGUCGUCCGUCCGGCGGUUUGCGCGCACACGAUAGAUAUGUCCAUGGACUUGCCACUGUAGUUCGCUGGCGCCAACAUCGAGGACAGACCGGACGACGACGACAUGGCGGCGCACCAGGAGUC